AUGACACACCUAUGGAAGGUGCAGGAUUUUGUCCUAGAGCUGGACAAUUUGGGGAAGUUGCAAGCAGCUCGACCAGACAGCAAAGUCUGUGAGGCAAUGCUGGACAACUUCUGCGCCAGGCUCUCUGCCAUUCAAGAAUGGACAUCCCAGAAUGUCUUGGAGAUCAUGGAUAAGGCUUCAAGCUACACCUCAGAGAGAGUUAGCAAUUUGGCAGCUUACUUGACAGAAGAGGAGUGGAGCAAGCUCAGCCAAUGUAGCAACCAUGAAGCAAUGCAAGUGCUGGCCCAGAGAAUGAAGCACCUUGGUAUGGUGAGCUUGAAGGAGUCCAGCAAAAGGGAUGCAAUAGCUUUGCUCUUGCAUAUGCAAGUGGAUGCGCAGCAGAAGCCAGAGCCUUCUAGCAAGAUGGUGAAGUCUUUGGUGAAUGACUUUGCAGACCUUUCAAGAGAAUGCCUGCUCCACCAG